GAUGGCCCUCGACGACCCCGUUAAUAAGGGGGGCCACCACGCCUCUCUUGUGGACCCUAAGGACUUCCCCGAUGGGUCGCUCAUGGCGUUCACGCCAGCGUGCCUGCGCAAAGUGGACGGCGACAGGAAGCUGCCCAUGCUGUCGGAGUGCUUAGUGUGGCCCACUGACUUGACGCGCGUCGAAACAAACAGGUGCCAGAGGGCCAUGCUCGACCGCUCCCUCGAGGCCGUUGGCUGCACCUACGUCGUGAUUAUCGACGAGUCGCCAAGCCAGCUUGUUCUGAAGUCGCGCACGGCAGCGCUCCGCCGCGGCGCGAUCGCGGCGGCGCGCCUUCGACUUGAUGUGCCGCGCAAAGCAAAGUUCCAUGCGGCUCUGCCUCACCUGCCGUGCGCGUGCAUUUCCGGGCUCUUGUGGGGCUUCCGGCAUGCGCGAUUGGUGCGACUCGCGCUCUCAGAGCAGAGGUCGUUUGAGGGUUGCGUGAUCGCCUAUGGCCCCAGGACCUGCGACUUCGUCGCAAAGCUGUCUGCCGCUGCAACUGCUGACCUUAUGGUGUCGUUCGACACUCUGAUGCCCUACGAGCACUAUCUGGAGCACGUGUGGCCCAAGUUCGAGCCUGAGGUCUUGCUCGAGUGGGAGUCGGCACGAACAGGCCUGCUUAACUGCGGGGUGACAGAAAUGCGGAGGCGACUGCCAAAUGGGCCGGCGGACGUGGCAGCCUUCGCGACACUGUGCUGCGAGUGCGUGGAGCCCAACGCCCGCGAGGUCCGCGGGGCCCUCCAGGCACUCGCGAGGGGGGCGCUGGCGGAGGCGCCGGUGGCGGGGGGCACAGUGACGAAAGCGCCCGGGCGCAAGAAGGUGACUCUGCUGGGCGCGUCCUGCAUGAGGGAGGCAGGCGUCAGGUCAUUGCUCUACCUAGCCCGCGCCAAGCUAGCCGCGUUCGACGAUUUCGAGGAUGUCUGCCAGACGGCGGCGACUAAAGAGUACUGGGUCAAGGUCGAAGGGGCCGUCGUUUUCGCUUCUCCUGAUAUGGCGGAGUACAACCGGAGGUUCGGGCGCAUGAUUCCGUUUGUCUAUUCAGCCAUGACGGACGCGGAUAGGCUGGCGCAGGACAACGUGCGCCACCCGCUGGCAGUGGCACGAUCGAUUGCGCUAGUCGUGCUUGACUGCGUGGACACCUUCCCGAGUUGCUCGGGCUUGCUGAUAGGCGGGGAGCUCUCGCCGCUACCCACCCACAGGGGCAUGCGGCUGAAGGGCGUCGCCACAGGAGGGGGUGGCAUUAUCAUGGCCUUCAUCGAGGAGGCGCUACAGCGUGGGCUAAGGCUUGACAUGGGGGCGCAUGCGUGCGGACGAGUCAACCCUCGCCUCUCGCGGCUCGUCACCAAGCGCGACGUGAGAGGGCAGUGCGCACCCGCGCGCGAUGAGAGCUUCACGGGCGUCGACAUCCUGUUCGCGGACGUGUCAUGGAGGUUGGACUUCGAUCUGCGAUCCAGGGCAGACCGUCAUAGAGCGCCCGGGGAGCCUGUGACGUUACUGCACAUCGUGCGCAGGGCGCGAGUGUCGAAUUGCACAGUGCUCAUCACGGCAGAGAGCGGGUUUGCUUGGGAGCACCUGUUCACCUUGUUCAGCCGGGUGUAUGCGUGCCUGCUCGGUGGGGGGCUCGUGGCGGUGUGCCAGUGA